AUUCGCAGCUCUGACUAAAGAGACAAAUCAAAUGUUGCAAGAACAAAUAGAAUCUGGAGCAGAUGGCAGGAGGCUUAACCUUCACAGGAAAGAGGUUUGAGUGCGAGGAGAAGGAUGCAAGCAGGAGGGGAGGACAUUUGUGCAAGAGGCUUUAAAUUUGAGGGCAGAUCGAUGCUUUCGUGGCAGCCCGUCCCUUCACCAGCAGCAGCAGGAGGCGGAGCAUGGAGCCGACUGAUGAGAACCAUGAAACGGCUCGGUGUGCUCUGCCCUGCGGCAAAGAUCUCCAUCUAUCAGUGCGCAAUAAUUGAAAUGGCGCAUUUGGCCACAGGCUGCGGGAGGCAUGAUGCAUGACGACAGACGUCAUUUAGUCCGGAACCACGGAGAUGUUGGACCCUCCUAUCCGGGUGUAUCAGUGUCUGAGCCCUGCAGAUGGUGGUGAGCCUCACCGGGCCGAACAGCCCAGUUCUCCACGGCAGAGCGCGCGAACAGCCGAAGCCUAGCGCUCCUGCUUCCGCUCCACAACAACAAGUCUGUGCAGGAGGACCUAAUCCUGGCCCCGGGGUCUGAACAGCCCCCGGGCGAAACUCGUCCUGCAGGCUGCUCUCUUCUGUUGAUCUGGCUCGUUUCUGCUUCACUCUGUCUCACCAAAGGACGGACAUAGAGCCGACCGGGCCGUGAGCCGAACCUCAUCCGGAGCUACAGAGCUACUGUCCAUGUCUUCCGUGUCCGUAUCUUCCCAGGAGAUACCUAAAGGCUCUGCUGGACCAGAUGCCACACCUUCUUCCUCCUCAUGUGAGAAUGAUGAGUGCUUAGAAGACAAACGAGAGGAGCUCCAUCUCCUGCUGUGGAAACAAGUUAUUGAUCUCAGAGUUCAGAAAUGAGGGGCGGAGCUUGUCCAGGAUGUCUCUAAGUCACUCACCUGUCUCCCCCAUGACAGCACAGGGCAUCCCGUCCCCCGCCCAGCUCACAAAGGCCAAUGCUCCUGUUCACAUCGACGUGGGCGGGCACAUGUACACCAGCAGCCUGGCCACGCUCACCAAGUUUCCCGAGUCCAGGAUCGGCCGCCUGUUCAGCGGCAGCGAGCCAAUCGUGUUGGACAGCCUGAAGCAGCAUUACUUCAUUGACAGAGAUGGAGACAUCUUCAGGUACAUCCUGAGCUACCUGAGGACCUGCAAGCUGCUGCUGCCUGAAGACUUUCAGGACUUCCCCCAGCUCUACGAGGAGGCCCGGUUCUACCAACUGGCCCCAAUGGUUCGGGACCUGGAGCGCUGGCAGGUGGAAUGUGAGGCCCGAAAGGCAGCACCACUUUGCGAGUGCCUGGUGGUCCGGGUCACGCCGGAUUUGGGCGAGAGGAUCGCCCUGAGCGGGGAGAAGGUUCUGAUCGAGGAGGUCUUCCCAGAGACUGGAGACGUCAUGUGCAACUCUGUAAACGCCGGCUGGAACCAGGACCAGACCCACGUCAUCCGCUUCCCACUUAAUGGCUACUGCAGAUUAAACUCCGUACAGGUCCUAGAGCGUCUCUUCCACAAAGGCUUCAGCGUCAAGGCGUCCUGCGGUGGCGGUGUCGACUCGACCCAGUUUAGUGAGUACGUCCUGUGUCGAGAACUGAGGCCAAGCCGGUCCAUCAGCAGCACCCCGGUCCGGAUCAAACAGGAGCCUCUGGACUGAUACUGCUUCCAAAUACUCCUGCAGAGCCCAGCUCAUCCCACACAACCAUUCUGAUCGACCUGACCCACUCAGAACCAGCUGCUGGUGCGAGGGGUUGUUUUUUUCUACCCGAGCGUGUUACCUGAUCUGUUUUCUAAGCUUCGUAUUUAAUGUUUGUGUUGCAGAUAAAAACUAAAACCACA